AUGGCUGAUGAGUUUGAGAUCAAAGAUCUAAAGAAUCUAAAGUAUUUCCUUGGAAUGGAGGUAGCAAGAUCAAGGGAAGGGAUCUCUGUUUCACAAUGGAAAUACACUCUUGACCUGUUAAGCGAAACAGAUAUGACUGGAUGUAGACAUGUUGACACUCCUAUUGAAUUCAAUGCGAAACUGGGAGAUUCUAUUGAUAAAAUUCCUAUUGAUAAAGAGAGGUAUCAAUAUCUAGUGGGAAAGCUGAUUUACUUAUCUCAUACUAGACCAAAUAUUUCUUAUGUUGCUAGUGUUGUUAGUCGAUUUAUGCAUGCACCCUACGAAGAACAUAUGGAAGUUGUGAAUCGGAUCUUGAGAUAUUUGAAAAGCUCAUCAGAUAAAGGUCUGAUGUUCAGAAAAAAUGAUAGAAAAUGUAUUAAGGCUUAUACCGACUCUGAUUGGGAUAAUCUAAUUACUUGGAGAAGUAAGAAACAAAGUGUUGUUGCUAGAAGCAGUGCCGAAGCUGAAUACAGAACCAUGAGUUUGAGAAUCUAUGAAGAAAUUUGGUUGAAGAAAGUUCUGUCUGAUCUAUACUAA